CCGGCUGAGUGGCGAGUCACACCGCAAGCGACGCUGCCAUGCCCGGGAACCGUAGGCUUCUCCUCUUCCUCCUCGUCCUCCUCCUCCUUCUCCCCUGGGACCCCGAAGUGCUGGCUCAGUCAUCACCCCCGCCCCCCGGCCCCAGGCAGCCUGGUGAUUCCCCUGCCCGGGCCCCCAGGCCGCCCCUACAUGGGGCUCCAAGUGCCCCCCUGGUGAUGCUCGGGUUGGGGGGCAGCCGGAGAUCCACAGGAAUGGACUGGGCUGAGGCCCCUCCACCUCCUACGCCCCCUUCCCAGCAGAGGGUCCUGGCCGACCUCCAGGAUGGAGCCUCGCGGCCCCGGAUGGGCAACUGGUGCCCAUUCCAGAGGUCCAGACUGGUCACAUUCGUCGCCUCCUGCAAAACUGAGAAAUUCCUCGUCCACUCUCAGAUGCCCUGCCCUUCCGGGACUCCCGACUGCCAGAGAGUCAUGUAUCGCCUCUCGAUGAAGCCGAUCUACCAAAUUAAACAGAAGGUUCUGGUGUCCCUGGACUGGAGGUGCUGCCCCGGAUAUAGUGGACAGGACUGCCAACACUAUGACCCCAGUUUGAUCCCCGUGAGCACUAACCGGGCUGGAGGGAAGGAGGAGGAGAAGCAUGGAGAGGAUUCUGCUGAACGCACUUUAACAGCAGCAGCAAUAACCUGGCCUGGGGCAUCUACGGUGCUCAGGAGGGCCAUCAGCAGCCAGGGGAAGCACCGGGGAGACCUGCAGAAUGACAUCCAGCAAGCCACCGACCACCUCCUGGACCUACAGGACCAGCAAGAACACAACCUUACCAGGAUGGCUGUGCCCGCCCACCAAACCCAAUCCGAAGAUGCCGACUCGCUCCUCCGGCCCGGGCUGCCCGCCCAUCUGCAGGACCUGCUGCGGGACCACUUCGCCCCCGUCUGGAGCAGCUACAACCAGAGCCUCCAGGCCAUGGCACGGGUGCUGAACAACCUGACCCGAGAUGUGGAGGCCAACAGGCGCGGCCUGGAGGGGUUCCGGGAGAUGACGGAACCCCGGCCGGACCUACAGGAGCUGGGGACCAAGUUUGAAGCCAAAGUCCAGGAGAGCGCGGCGAGGGAGGACCAGCUGCGGCGGGACCUGGAGGGCCGACUCCAGGUCCGGCAGACGGCCCUCCACCGUGACCUCAUGGCUCUCGAGGCCGACCACGACCUGAGGCUGAAGAGGCUGCAGAAGACCCAGCAGCUCCUUCUGCUCCCCAUGAACCGCAGCUUGGCCGAGGUGAGGCGGGGCCAGGCCCUGCUGCAGGAUCGGCUGCAGCUGCUGUGGACCAACCUCUCGGCUCUGUCGGCGGCCGCCGCCGGCGGGGGCCGGGAGGCCCUGCAGGCCCUCGAGGGCCUGAACGCCACCCUGGCGGGUCACACGGAGCAGAUCCAGGAGCUGUACUCCGAGUCGGAUGAGACCUUCGAGCAGAUCACCCAGCUGGAGAGGCAGCUGCGGGACCUGCAGGCCCAGAACAAGGCGACCGUGGAGGAGAUCCGGGUCAUCCUGAUGGAGAAGUCGCUCAUCGCCGAGGAGAACAAAGAAGAUCUGGAGCGGCAGAUCCUGGAGCUCAACUUCACGCUGGGCCAGCUGCAGGGCAGCCACUGGGACCUGCUGAAGUACCUGAAGGCCUGCAACUGCCAGAAGCUGUCCUGGGACCUGGACCUGGUGCAGGAGCAGCAGCAGAACGCCACGCGUCUCCUGGAAGAGUCCCAGCUCUCCCUGGACGAGCAGGCCCGCUUGGGGAGGUCCUCCCUCCAGGCCCUGCGGGCGGCCGUGGAGGACCUGUCCGUGUCCCUGGAUGACCAGCGGGAGCAGGCGGCCCGGGGGGCGAUGCAGACGUCCCGCCUCCGCAGCCAGGUGCAGGCCCUGGCGGGGGACGUGGGCUCCCUGAGGCAGACCGAGCGCCACUUCCUGGCCGAGAUCCGGCGCCUCAAUGGCUCCUUCGGGGCCCUGCUGAAUGACGCCCUGAGGCACGAGAACAUGCUGGAGGCGCUGCUGGGGAAGGAGGUGAUGGAGGACUUGUCCGAGGAGGAGGCCGGCGCGCUGCCCAUGACCUACGACGACAUCACCGCCGCCCUGCGGGACGCGCAGGACCAACUCCGGGACGCGCAGGACCAACUCCGGGACCGGGACGCCCGCUUGGACGCGCUCGAGGAGCGGCUCAGGAUCCUCGAGGGUGGCGGGGCCCGAAGUCCGCAGGAGAUGCCGGAGAUCCCGCGGCCGAGUCACGAGGCCUCGGAGGAGGGGCUGCCCGGGGAUCCGGUGGACGGGGUGGUCCGCCGCCUGGAGGAGGAGACCAAGCACUUGGCCGCAGAGCUCAGGAGGCUGGAGUCCGACCUGGCCGACGGCCGGUCCUGCGGUAACUGCUCCGGGCUCACCGGGCCUGCCGGGCCACGGUGGGGGGAGCUGGAAGCCACAGAGCGGAACUUCCAGCGGCACCUCCAGCUCUUCCAGGGCCUGUUCUCCAACUACGCGGACUUGGUGGCUGCCAACGUGAGCCUGGACCUGGCCAAGCUCCACUCCGUCCUCAGCAGGAAGGGCAAGAAGCAACAGAGAGGUCUGGAUGCUCUGGGAAAGAAGGGCAAGAAACAGAAGGAGCGGGCCGAGGAAGGGCGCCCGCCACCACGGGGACCGGGAGACCCGGAAGCAGAUUCUCCUGUGGCCUUCUACACCGGCUUCUCCGAGGGGACCGACGAGCCCGGGCCCGUGAGGUUCGACGAGACGCACGUCAACUUCGGCCAAGGCUACGUCGCCGAGCACAGCUGCUUCCGGGCACCUCGCCGCGGCCUGUACGUGUUCGCCGUGAGCGCUGCCUUCCGGCCGGGGCCCGGCCUGGGCCACCUGGUUCUGGGGAGGCAGCGCCGGACCCCGGUGGGCGGGGGCCCGGACCAGGCCGCGGGGGGCCCGGCCUUCGCCUUCGCCCUGGCAGAGCUGCAGCGGGGCGAGCGCGUCUGGUUCGAGCUGGCGCGCGGCUCCCUGCUCAAGCGCAGCCCGGCCCCCACCGCCUUCGGAGGUUUCCUGCUGUUUAAGACUUGAAGGAGGCCCGCUGCCCCUCCCCCCGGGGAAUCCUUUUGGGGGUGACCAAGGACGUGAAGGUGGUGGAGGGAACUGGCGCACCUGUUCGCGUGUGCCCACGUGGCCACGGGUCGGCCCCCCACCCACCAGCCCACGGCGCCCAGCCGCCCACCGUGCCCGCCCGCCCAAGGUGCCCGUCCGCUGCGGUCCGGCCUUACUCGGUCCUCUACCCAGUCGGGCCGGCGACCAAGGGCGGUGCUUGGAUUCCUUCAGCUUUUCCCCAGGAUCGGAGGCAGCGGCAUUCCCUAGGCCAAAGGGCGCCUUCGGGCCGGGCCGAGGAACGGAUGUUGGAUGCAGGAGCCGGAAGGCUGGGAAGGAUGUCUCCGGUCUGGCUGCUGCCUAAAGCUAUUUUUGAAAAACCA